UGUGGAGCUCUGGGUGCUUAGACACGUGACUUGGGUAAUGUUACGGAGUUUAGUUUUUGGGUUCAAAAUUGUAUCCAGCAAAGCUUCCUGAAGAGGACAGAACUGCUCAGCCCUUAGCCUGCACAGAGUGGGGAAGCCAGGCUUCACACAUGACUAGGACAUCACUCAGCAGAGAGGGGAAAGGCUUUUGCGUUGUGGUGUGGUUUUUCAAUCCAAAUCUUGCUUUAAUGUCCUUAAAUAGAUAUUCUGUGAAGUCUCUUUCUACGGAGAGUUUUGCCUCAUGUACGGCUUCAUCGUGAACUACAGAAUAUUUCCAGAGAUGAUUCAAACUUCGUGUUAUGCUUUGAAUUUGAUUUGGUUUACUGGAAACUCAUGCUUUGAAUGUGUUGGUUGUUUGUGCAUCUUAUUUGAAACUCGAAUUGUCAGUUGGGCUCUGUCUCUUCUUAAACUGCCACCUGAGAACUUCUGGAGCCAGCAUCAGGGGUGUGAAUUGUCCCCAUCACCCUGCACUGUGUCUGUGAAGUGUCCAGGCUGCUUUCUCAUGCCUUGUAUGAUCACAGCAAUAGUUCUCGUGGGAGUUUCAGUCCUGCUGUAAACUGUGCAGGAGUGAGUUUGGGAAGGGGGGCGAUUUGUGCUGGGAUGGGUCAGGUCCCAAGGGCACAGGGAAAUGUCUGAGGCUGGAGUGCAGAGGCAGCUUCUGCAGCUCCUAAACAGGAAGCUCCUGCUGACGUUAAUCACUUUAAUCACCCAGGCAGGAGUGUUGGCUGUGAAGGAAGUCUCUGAACCUGCUCUUUUAAUGUGGCUGAUAAUUCUCCACAGUUAAGUUUGAUUAAAGGUGGAUUUGCUUCCUACAGAAGGUCUCCCUCAGCUGUUAAUGAAAGUAACUGCUCUGUGUUUAUGUGCUGUUCACACACCAUUUCCUCAGGCAUGGAGAGGAAGGAAGUUUCUGAGUAGGAGAAGAUCCAAGCUGUAUUCAGAGUUUCCUUCCCAAAAGAAGGACCAGCUAUUGCUGUGCUAAGCAGAAACUUGUUAUCUGCAGGUCAAUUGGGAGAAGUUUGUUUAAUGGUGACACUUUUCUGCAGAUAAAUUAUCCCAUGACAGUGGGGAUCAAAGUACCUGAAGUGGUCAGCUGCAUGAAUUUUGCAAGCAAAAGUCUGAGAACAGCAAUUAAUGCUAAAAUCUCGAGAAGAGUAUUUGAAGCGUUUCAGGCACUUAAAGCUGAGUCAUUUCAUGAGCACAGAGUUUUGGCACAUUUGUUCAUCUUUGUGUUGCUUCAGUGGUGCUGGGGCAUCUAUAAAUUAUUCACAUUAUCUCUUACUUUCGUUUUUGGGGGGUUUUUUUAUGUCAUGGUCAGAACACAACUGUUGGUAACUCAUGAGUGAUACUCUGAUCUUUUUUCCUUUAGACUUCACUGGCCAGUGAGAACAUAUCUCAACCAUGGGAAAUAUUUUUGCUAACCUCUUCAAAGGCCUUUUUGGCAAAAAAGAAAUGCGUAUUCUAAUGGUUGGCCUGGAUGCUGCAGGAAAGACAACUAUCUUGUACAAACUUAAACUUGGUGAAAUAGUUACUACUAUUCCUACUAUAGGUCUGAUUUUUGUGGUUGACAGCAAUGACAGAGAACGUGUGAACGAGGCCAGAGAAGAGCUUAUGAGAAUGUUGGCAGAAGAUGAGCUCAGAGAUGCUGUUUUAUUAGUGUUUGCUAACAAACAGGACCUGCCGAACGCCAUGAAUGCAGCAGAAAUCACAGACAAACUUGGACUGCAUUCUCUUCGUCACAGGAACUGGUACAUCCAGGCAACCUGUGCCACUAGUGGAGACGGUCUCUAUGAAGGACUGGACUGGUUGUCCAAUCAGCUCCGAAACCAGAAAUGAAACCAUAAACCUUCCUCUUCCCUCUUUUUCCACCCCUCCCUCUUAUUUCCUCCUACUCGCCCUUCGCUUUACUCUAAUGUGGCAAACUGUGCUACUUUGUGGUAUUGAGUGCCGGAAGCUGUUUUCAUUUCUUUUUGUCACAGUAUAUAUUGCGUCAUGCUGUAAAUGUGGCAAAUACAAGCCUGAAAACAGUUAGGUUUCUUAUUUAAUGUAAAUAGUUUUUGUUUCCAAUGAGGCAGUUUCUGGUACUCCUAUGCAAUAUUACUCAGCUUUUUUAUUGUAAAGAAUCGAGUCACUGUUUAGUACCUGGAAGGGAAUUAAGUGGGUUAAUACCGUAAGGGUUGCCAGUGGUCCUUGUGCAGUAGAGCUGGAUUUGAUCUUGGUUGGGUUGUGAGAUCUGUGAGAUCCAUUUUGGUGGUUGGUUUUUAACCUGAAUUCUGUAUUUUUUUAAACAGACAAGGAAAAGUAAAAACACUUAAAACACACAAACGUUUGACAUCGCUUCUGCUGCUCCAGCUCUAACGUGGUGACUCUUGAUUCUUUUGAAAGGGUGAAGCAAUGACUGACACCCAAUUAGCUUCAUCUGCUUAAUGAACAGAUCAUAAGUAGUAGAUCUCUGGCUCUUCCUGUAGCUCGUAGUCUGUGCUCAUCUUUGUUCACAACCGUUAAAAGAUUUGCUGGGCCUGGUUUAGAUGAGCUUUGCAGACUCAUGCUAAACAUCUGACUUUUGGUUCAGGUGAGAUUUCUCGUUUCCAUUGAACUUGAAUCAUUUCCAGAAGUCGACAUUUUUAGCCUGUCAUAUUUGUCAAAAAGUGUUUUGUACUUUUCUUGUGCGUAAACCACUCCAGAAGGCAAAACCUUUCCACAGGAAGCACAGCCUGUCCUAGUCCUAAGCUCUAUAGGCAGAAAGUACUGUACUUAACGUAAGAAUUGCCAUGAGAAACACCAAACAUCUAUGUAUAGUGUCUAGGGGAAAAAAAAACAAAACAAACAAAAACGCAUGAGAGUUUGGAGAGUCAUUCCACUCUACAAGUAUUCAAUCCCAUUUUGGAACAAUCCCAUAUCUGUAUAUGUGUGAAAACCCUUGGCAUCCCUCAUACUGCAAGGUUCAGAUUUGCCAUCAGAAAAAUAAAAAAAAGACCUCUUUACUUUUCUUUUGUAUUUUGAUAAACACUGAAGAAGCUGGAGCUGUUAAACUUUAACUCGAGGAACUAUCAGAACUGGUUUAUUUAGUGUUGUUAUUGCUUUCAAUACACAACUAGUAAUCAACUGUUUUGUAUACUUGUUUUCAGUUUUCAUUUUGACAAACAAGCACUGUAAUUAAAGCUAUUAGAAUAAAAUCUCUUAACUAUUUCAUGUUUUUUAUGCCUUGCUGUUCAUUCGAUCAUCUUGGCAGAAUCAUAAUUAAAUACUUGUUGAAUAAAAAGUUUCAUGAAACUUGCA